ACAUUGCAACAUACGACAUCACAAAUCGUCUGCAGAUCCUCCAUUGGUGUAUCUUCUUCAUUGUUCUCAUUCGACGAUUCUUGGCACUUUUCCGCCGAAUGGGGUUCGCCUGAAGUAGUUCUUCCCUAAAGGCGGGAUGUCCACCAUUCAGCGAUUUGAGAUCCACCUGCCACAACGGAUAAAACCUGCAGUCUUCCCACUCUGGGACUAGACACCUGUCAAAGACCGACAAGCGUCCUGCAUACUUGUCUUAUCUGUGUCUCUUUCGACCUUGGCUUCACCCCUGCUGGAUGCCGCCAUCUGCGCAAUGGACAUCACACGGUAAGUGGGAGAUCCGAACAUGGCUUCUUGCACAUAGACAUCUCUUCCUCUCCGCGCGCAAGCGCGCAGUGAUAUUCCAAUCUUCUAUCCCUCUUCCUCUUUCCAGAUGGUAGAACUGCGCGACAGAAUCGCGGCUAUACAAGCAGCACUCGAGACCGACCAAGAGGUCGAAUUCGCCAAUACCCCGCCACGACACAGUCUCGACCACCGCUUCGACAAGACCGCCCCCGAAGUCGACGCCGCACCAGCUCCAACACCCGCGAAAGAGAAAGCGAACCCUUUCGAGUCCGUUGGCGCGCCUCCGAAGUCUCAGUACUACGAUAGUGUUGCGGCAGCGUUUGGUCUGGGAAUCCUCGACGAGGAGGAGUUUACGGAGUAUAUCGUGUACGAUGCGUUCGUGACGAAUCUGCGGAUAUGUCCGCUCAAUCUUACGGAUACAGGCCACUAUUACUAUGUUGAGCAUCGCUCUUUUCUUCCCAAUGUGCCGGGUGUGAUUUUGCGGCAUGGGACAGAGAAGAGUGGGAAGAGUUUGGGCGCGGCGCAUAUCCCUUUGCAGGGAAAGAAUACUUUUGGAGUUGGGGACUAUGAUGGGAGACCUCAUGAGAUGGUCUGGGAGCGCAUGGGAAAUACAGGGUUCUGGACGCACAUGAAGUAUGAGUUCGAGCAUGAGAUCGCAGCUGGCGUGAGGAAGACGUUCAACUGGAUCCGGACGAGGAACAAUAUUAUGGAUGACCAAGGCGAUUUGGUGCUUGUAGAGCAAGGUAGAGAGUAUUUAGUUCUCUGCGAAUAUCUGGGCAAAGGUCUACUCAAGUGGAAGAAGAGAGGAAGGCUACGGAUCAGGACUGUGGAGGCAUUUGGUGAGUCUUGGGAGAUAGUGGUGUUGUUGACUUGGGCUUCGGUAAUUGAGUUGUCGAGAAGAAGAGCAAGGAUUAGACGAUAUUCCCCAACGCAUCUCAUUGGCAUAUAGAACUACAUUAGACUACCCAACUACCCUUAAUUGAACUUCUUAAGACGAU